AUGCAGCAACAGCAACAACAAAAAGAACAACCACAACCAAUUGAAGUAAAGCAACCAGAACAACCCCCACCACAACAACAAUCCCAACAUUACCAACCAGAAUUCCAAGAAGUCAAUAAAGAAGAACGUCAAUAUAAAGAAGUUGAAUCUAAACAAAAUCCACCUUCACCUCCACCUCCACCUCCAACUAUUCCAUUAACUGCCGAAGAAAAGAUAAAAAUAUUAAUUACUAUGAAUCCUAAUAAUAUUGAAGAAUAUGCUGCUCAUAUUCAUAAAAUUGCUGAUUUAUUAUAUGAUGAUGAAUUUGAUAAUGUAGAAACUGAAUUAGCCAUUAAAGAUAAAUAUUAUCAAUUAAUUAAUUUAUUACCAAAAUUUAUAAAUUACGAAGAUCCAAUUCAUUCAAAACUUUAUUUAUUAAUUGAAAUGAAUUUUGAUAUCUUUAUCAAAAUAUCAACUAAUCAUAAAAAUGUUGAUGUUUCAACUGUAACUAUUAGAUAUUUAACUAAUAUUAUUAUGAAUUUAAAUUAUUGGGAAAUUUAUAAUUUAUUAAUUUGGAAACCAGUUAUUUAUCAUUUCUUAUCAGUAAUUCAUUAUGAUCUUAAUGAUUGUUAUAAAAAAUUCAUUCGAGAUUAUUCAUAUUUUGAGUAUAAAAGAUUUUCUCAACCUGAUCCAUUACCAAGAAAUAAAUUUAAACGUAGAAAUGGUCAUAAUAAAUCUCCAUCUUCUGAAUCACCUAAUGGUUAUAAUGAUGAUGAAGAUAAUAUUCCUGGUUCAUCAUUUUUUUCAUUAAAUCCUGAUACUGCUGAUCAUGAUAAAUUUGUUUCUGCUUCAUUAGCUGGUUUAACUCCAAAGGAAAAGAAAAAGAUUAGAGUUGAUGCAAAAUUAGCAGCUCAUAGAAUAAUUAAAAAGGCUUCUACAGCAAAACCAUCAAAUAAAUCAUCAAAUUAUGAUCCUGAUGUCGUUCAUGAAUGUCAAUUACCUUCAGCUGAUGAACCUCAUAAACUUUGUUUAAGAAGAUUUUCAAGAAAGUAUGAAUUAAUUAGACAUCAAGAAACUGUACAUUCAAAAAAGAAAAAAUUAUUUAAAUGUUAUGUAUGUGUUAAACAACAUCCAGGAGUUGGACCAAGAAUUUUUACUCGUCAUGAUACUUUAGCUAAACAUAUUAGAGUUAAUCAUAAAAUUUCUGGUAAAGAAGCAAAAGCUGAAGUUGCUUAUUCUAAAAAGCAUGCUGAAGUGGUUGAAGAAGGUGAUAUAACUGUUCAUGUAGGUAGAAGAAAGACAAAAGUUGAUUUUGAAUUAAGAGCUCAUAUGGAAAAGAAAAAGAGUAUAUCAAAAGAUUUUGAAGGUGAUGAAUCUUAUUUAGAUAGUGAUAUAGAUUCUGGUGAAGAUGAAGAAGAUGAAGAAAUGCAACAAAAUUUACCAGCUCUGCCACAACCAUCAUCAGAAGUUCCAGAUAGUCCAUAUAAGAUUAGACCUCAAUUACCUCCAAAUUUUCAACCUAAUCAAUCAGUUCAAAUUCCACCAAUUCCACCUCAACUUCCACCUCAAUCACAUGGUUUACCACCUCAACCACAAGCAUCCCAAAGUCCAUCUCAACUACCACCACAGGCUCCACAACAAUCUCAAUCUCAAUCUCAAGUUCAACCACCAGCAUCAGCACCUCAGCAAGCACCUCAGCAAGCACCUCAACAAGUACCACAACAACCACAACAAACACAACAACCCCAAUCUCAACAAGCUCUACCACCACAACAACCAGGUCAACCUCCAAAACGUGGAGAGUACACUUUCAUUAAUAAUACCGCGGGCUAG